AUGGUUCUCCCCCAGCAGCUGCAUCGGGUUUCACAACCUGGUCUCGCAGAAGGCUGGCCCGGGGGGGGGUGGGGGGGGGGGGGGGGGGGGGGGGGGGGGGGGGGGGGUGGGUGGGGGGGGGGUGGGGGGGGGGGGGGGGGGGGGGGGGGGGGGGGGGGGGGGGGGUGGGGGGGGGGGGGGGGGGGGGGGGGGGGGGGGGGGGGGGGGGGGGGGGGGGGGGGGGGGGGGGGGGGGGGGGGGGGGGGGGGGGGGGUGGGGGGGGGGGGGGGGGGGGGGGGGGGGGGGGGGGGGGGGGGGGGGGGGGGGGGGGGGGGGGGGGGGGGGGGGGGGGGGGGUUGUUAUAUUGAUCACAUGUGA